AUGGCCCUUUAUAGGUCGCCCGUAAUCCCUAUUCAUGAUGCCACGGACUUGUCCAUCGCACAGUUCAUGACGCAAUACAAUCCUGAUGAUGUGCCAGCAUCAAAAGUCGUUCAUGUUGAGACUUUCUCCAACGAUGCCAUCACGUAUGGCUCUCUUCGCGAGCAGGCUGGUCGUGCUGCUUGGGGAUUGCAGGCCAAAUUGGGACUUCAGCCGGGCGAUACCCUACUAGCACUGGUCAACAACUCCAAUGCAUUUGUUCUUCUCGCCCAUGCUACGUGGUGGACCGGUGCUAUCUUUGCACCCCUUAAUACAUCAGCGACUCAAGGAGAUAUUCUGCAUGUCCUCAAGAUCGUCAAGCCAACACACGUUGUCACUAUUGAGGAGAAACUCAGCACAGUUCAGGCGGCUAUAGCCAGUCUUUCAAUGACGAGCAAGGUUCUGACCAUUCGUUGUAAAGUGGACAAUCUGCUACAGUUCCCGGACGAUAUUAUUGGCAAAACUGCCACGGAGAGUAUCCCGCCAUAUGACCUUCAGGGCAAAAGCUCCAAGGACGUGCCCAGCACAAUUUGUUUCUCUUCCGGAACAACUGGAAAAAUGAAGGGUGUCCAGCUGUCUCAUUACAAUCUUGUCAUGAACAGCAUCAUCAUGCGUGCCUCCAUGCCAGUCAGAGUCAACUCAAACGUUCGCGAGGUUUUCUUUGCGCCGUAUUGUCAUUGCUACGGGCUAACUCUGGUGGUACUUUCUGGCAUGUGGGUCGGAGCCCAAUAUUGCAGUCUUCCUGCUUUUGACUUGGAGACAUUUUGCCGCAAGUCGAGUGAGCUGAAGGUUACCGACCUGCACCUUGUGCCACCGGUAGCACUUCUACUUGCCACUUCACCCGUUGCUCAGAAGUAUGACUUGGCAUCUUUGAAGAGAAUUGUCAUUUCUGCCGCACCAUUGAAGAAAUCUGUUCAACUUCUACUCAAGAAGCGUCUACCACAUGUCAGCGUCUGUCAAGGCUAUGGACUUAGCGAAUGCUCGGGGGGUGUUAUCCACGAGAUCGAUGAGGAUGAACAAGCUUUCGGAUGCGUUGGCAAGCUCUUCGCUGGGAUAGAGGGUCGUUUAGUCGAUCCAAAGUCAAACAAGGAUGUCCCGCUCGGCGAAGAAGGUGAAUUGUGGCUACGUGGCCCGCUGGUCAUGAUGGGCUAUGUCAAUGACAAAGACGCAACCGCCAAAACAUUCUCCGAUGAUGGAUGGAUCAAAUCCGGUGAUAUCUUAAAGAUGGACGAAAAUCAAAAUUUCUGGGUCACUGAUCGUCUCAAAGAGAUGAUCAAGUACAAGGGAUUCCAGGUAGCCCCCUCAGAACUAGAGGAUAUUCUUUUACGCCACCCAGAUGUUAUUGAUGCUGCGGUUUGUGCAGUCUACGAUGAUGCUCAAGCUACCGAAGUCCCGCUCGCCUAUGUCAGCCUUUCGCCAGAAAAGGCGGAGUUAUCGGGGUCUGAGAAACAGAAGGUCCUUGAUACGAUCAAAGUCUGGAUUGACGGCCAGCUGGCAGGGUACAAAAAGCUCAGAGGAGGCGUCUUCCAUUUGCAAAGCUUGCCUAAGACCCCGACUGGCAAGAUUUUGAGGAGACUCCUGCCUGCCAAGUUGAAUGAGGAAAGGGAGGCGAAGCUUUAG